ACGGGAUGAGGACUGCGGGGUGGGAGGUGCUGGCCUCCGGGUGGUGCCCGGCUCCUCCACAGUGUACACCAGGCCACCUGGUCGUCCCCGGCCUCCUGGUGGUCAUGGAGGAGGUGUUGGCGGAGGAGCUUGAUGAUGAGGAGCAGCUGGUGAGAAGGCAUCGCAAGGAGAAGAAGGAGCUGCAAGCCAAAAUUCAGGGAAUGAAGAAUGCUGUCCCCAAGAAUGACAAAAAGAGGAGGAAGCAACUCACUGAAGAGGUUGCUAAGUUAGAAAAGGAAAUGGAGCAGAAACACAGAGAAGAGCUGGAGCAUUUGAAGUUGGCUUCCAAGGAAAAUAAGAUAGAUUCUGUUGCUGUUAACAUUUCAAACAUGGUACUUGAGAGUCAACCACCUCGGAUUUCAAAAGCACAAAAGAGACGGGAAAAGAAAGCUGCGCUGGAGAAGGAGCGGGAGGAAAGGAUAGCUGAGGCUGAAACUGAGAACUUGUCUGGAGCCAGAUGUAGAGAAGCUGAAAAACUCGCACAAAUAUUGGCGGCCAGAGAGUUGGAAAUUAAACAGAUUCCAUCUGACGGCCACUGUAUGUACCGAGCCCUUGAGGAUCAGCUGAGAGAUCAGGACUGUGCUCUGACUGUGCCUGCCCUACGAAAGCAGACGGCUGACUACAUGCAGAGCCACGCAGAAGACUUCCUGCCAUUUUUAACAAACCCCAGUACAGGAGAUAUGUAUACUCCGGAAGAGUUUGGGAAGUACUGUGAGGAUAUUGUAAACACAGCUGCGUGGGGAGGUCAGCUUGAGCUAAGAGCUCUGUCUCACAUUUUACAAACACCAAUAGAGAUACUGCAGGCAGAUUCUCCGCCUAUUAUAGUUGGUGAAGAGUAUCCAAAAAAUCCAUUAAUACUCGUAUACAUGAGACAUGCAUAUGGCUUAGGAGAACAUUAUAAUUCUGUUACACGGUUGGUGAACUCAGCUACUGAAAAUUGCAGCUAGUUUACAAAAUGUUACACAAUUGUUUUAUUCUGUGUGCCAAUCUGCAUAUUCUUACCAAGUGCUAGAUUAUUCUGAAUGCUACUGAAAAACACAACUACCUUAAGUCAGUUUUGUGAAUAAGCUUACUAGCAAGCUUUUUAGAAAUACAUCAGGGAUAAACUUUGAGAUUUGCCCUCUUAGUGCUAUUUUUAGAACUUCUAAAUCCCUUGUGGAGAACAUUAUUCAUAGGUGAAGAUGAUGCCUAAUUCUCUGGCUAUUUUAUUUAUGUAAUAUUCUGGACAUUCUGUUUUGGAAUAAAUUUUGUUUUCAAUUUUAGCCCCACAACUUAAAGCUCCUGAGGUAAUCAGUGAGUGUAAUUUUUCUUAAAGUGCAAUGACUCAGUCUCUUUGUCAUUGCAUUAAUGUAGUACAGUGAUAACAAAUUUAAUUGAUGUUUAUAAAAUGAGCAUGACUGUAGUAAUUUUGGUAUUACUGGGUUAAGUGGGGUGAAGCUUUUUACAUAGCACAUCAGAGUGCGGUUAAGAAGCUUCUACAGUUAAAAGUUUUUGAAUUACUUAUUCAGAUGAGAAUCAAUUAAAUUCAAAGAAUUGAGACAGAAUAGGUAAAUGGGUAAUUGUGUCAUAGGUAAAUUGUGUCAGUUCUAUAAACCUUUUGCAAAUUAGAAAUUUGCCUUUUAUGUGUGUUACUUAUAAAAGACUCGGUAGAUUUCUGUCCUCGUAAUUCCUGUGUUGUUCCUCUGUUUCUUCAACUUCAGACUGGAGUUAGCUAUCACAUCGUGGUUCUCUUCACAGCUGUGGAUUUUUAUAUUUUCCAGCAUUCUCUCCAGCACUACUCAGUGUCUUUCUUUCUCUGUAGCCUUUCUCAUUGAGAAACAGCUCCUGGCCUCUCAUUACUCACCCUGUGCAAGGUGAUGCUUUGUUGUACAACAGGGCCACAGCCCCAUCCUCUUCAGAUUCUUCCACCUUUUCCAGUUUGUCAUUACAAGAUCUCUACUUUCGUUCACUUUCUAGGAUUCAAAAGAACAACUUAGCUACAUGUUAUGUAUCAUAUCUUGUAUAGAUAGGUAAAGUUGAAAGCCACUCUUUGAAAGCUAUAUGGUAAAAUCAGAGUAGUUUUCUUUGGAAUGACUUAACAUUUCUCAGAUUCAGAUCCCUCUUGACAGUAUUCUUUGUAAGAGGAUAGCACCCAUAUACAAAGAAGGGUCCGCUAUGUACAAAGUAUAUGUCUGCUAAUUUGUUGUAUAAAAAAUACCAUGGGAUGGGAAUGUAGCUCUGGUAGAGUGCUUGCCUAACAUGCAUGAGGCUCUAGGUUCAAUUUCCAACACCAGAAACAAACAGCAAUAAGAACAACAAACUAUUAAAAUGAGACCUUUUUGGUUUGAUCUGUUUUUCCUAAGUUAGAAAUAUAACUAGUAAGGUUGAACAUCAAGUUUAUAGCAUUUGGAUCUUUUGAUCCAUGUGUACUGUUUAUGAACAAAUAAUGAGAUUAUAAUAUUAAAAGUAGAGGCUGUCUCACGUGCCCAGCAGGUAACAGCAUGGCAAGCUGGUAAGAACUGUGGUCUGUAGAGCAGUCAGCACUUCCUGAGCUUACUCUGGGUCAGCUGCCCAGAACCCACUUUGCCUGCCAAACAAUAUAGUCUGAAGGUUGCCUGUUUCAUAACCUUUGAUCUGGGUUUAUGGAGGGGUGGGGUUUCCAAAAUUCAUAAAAGAAUGAAAUUGUAAAAACAACAAAUACUUUGAGUUCAUUUUGAAGUACUCAGUUAAACUUUCAAGUUAAAAUAUCAGCAUUGAGUAACAAAAUAUUAUGGAACUUAGUUAUUGCAAAUUCCAUUUGCAUUAAAAGUAUUAUUCUAAAAUAACUAGUGUUUUGUUGUUUUGACACAGAAGACACAAAGAAGAAUUUCAAUGUCUUUAAUUAUGCAUUUGUGUUUUUUGUAUAUGUUUAAUUUUAAAAUGGCCAGUAUAUUUAUGAAAAAAAAAGUAUGGCCAGCUUCCACCAUUUAGCUAAAAUUUAAAAAGUCUUUAAAAAAUUAUGGAUGUUAAUUUAAAAACAACAUGUGCAAAUUGAGUUUGCUGUAUAAUGAUGAUUCUGGUGGAAAUGACGUAAGUUUGUUUAAGCCUAACUUGGAAAAGUAUAUGUCAAAGUUCUGGAAUAUAUGUUUAGCCAAGAAUUUAUCUUAAUAUGUUUACAACUUGUAUAAAGUACAAAGAAAAGAAUGUGUAACUAUAAUGAGCAAGAUAGCUUUGCUUAUAUUAUGUGAUGUUUGCCAGAAGAAUAAAUGAUAACCAGCUAAAUCAACA